AGUUUCUUUACAGCUAAGAAAUCAUAGAUAGAUUUCUCGGGAAGGCAGACACGACCUACGAAAAUGGCGAGAAAGGACCUAUGAAAAUGGCAAGAAACUAAGCGAGAAAUAUGAUACGACGUAUUUAAUAUAAAGAAGUCGUUCCAAGUCAAGAAGAGUACAGAAGAAGAAACUGCUUUUUAUCUUAUUUGUUUCUCAAAUGUUAUGGCCUUUUCUUUCAUUGAAAAGCAAAAGAGAUAAAGAGUUUAGUGAGGAUGAUGGAAGGGGAGAGUUCAAGCAAGGAGAUGGCUGUUCCUAAUGACUAUGGCUUCACUAGCAUUUUGCUUUCAUGGUCCCUUGAAGACAUAUUCAAUGAAAAUCUUUUCCAGGUGGAUGAGAUUCCGCAAUCAUUUCAAUCAGUUAAACAUUAUUUUGGAUCAUAUGUACUUCCUUUAUUAGAAGAGACACGGGCACAAUUGCAGUCAAGCAUGGAGAUUAUUUCCAGAGCACCAUAUGCUGAAGUGGUUAACUUCUCUGAGUGCAAGCCUCAUGGCUCGUUAUUGUAUGAUGUUAAGGUUGAUCACUGGAGAAACAGGUCCAGUGACCGUGGGAAGGAGCCUUACAACACAUUGCCUGGAGAUAUUGUUGUAUUGGCAAAUGCUAAACCUGAAACUGCCUCCGAUUUGCAAAGGGCAGGAAGGACAUGGGCUUUUGCAAUGGUCACUAACAUCACAGAGGAUGAGAAUGAGGCUGCUAGUACAACUACUUAUUUUAAAGUCCAGGCAUCGAAAGAUUUUGAAGUUAUUGAUGGGUUGCAGAACUCGCUGUUCGUGAUUUUCUUGAUAAAUGCAACCACUAAUAAAAGAAUAUGGAAUGCAUUGCACUUGCAAGGAAACUUGAAUAUCAUCAAGAAAUUUCUGUCUACUGAUUCUGUGGUGAAGGAAAAGUGUGUCCGCUGUUCUGUGAGGAGGAAUGGAAUCUGGGAUGCAAAACUUGCUGUUAGUUUUUCAUCAAUAUUAAAUGAAUCCCAAACUGAGGCUGUUUUAGCUGGCCUUGAUAAAAUGCAGUGCAAUCACAGGUCUUCUGUCGAACUCAUUUGGGGACCUCCAGGGACAGGGAAAACUAAAACUGUUAGCAUCCUACUCUAUAACCUUCUAAAAAUGAAAUGUAGGACCUUGAUUUGUGCUCCAACCAAUGUUGCAGUUAUGGAAGUGGCCACAAGAGUCUUACAGCUUGUAAUAGAAUCUCAUGAAAAAGACUCGGGAACAGAUGCUUCAAUUUAUUCUGUAGGAGAUAUUCUUUUAUUUGGGAAUAAAGAGAGGCUGAAAAUGAAUUCUGAAGUUGAAGAUAUAUAUUUGGAUUAUCGUGUUAAAAGGCUUAUAGAGUGUUUUGCACCUUUGACUGGCUGGUGGCAUUGUUUGAGUUCAACAAUUGAUUUUUUUGAGGAUUGUGUUCCUCAGUACUAUAUUUUCUUGGAAAACGAAUUGAUCAAAGAGAAGGAGCACAAUAAUGAAAGUGAAAACAAAGAUAAAACAUUCAGCUGUAAAAUAGAGGUUAGAAUGAAGGGGAACAUGUCAUUUCUUGAUUUUGCAAGAGAAAGAUUUAAGUUUAUUGCAUUACCUCUGAAACGAUGUCUCCUUAGUUUAUGCGCACACGUAUCUGAAAGUUACAUUCUGAAGCAUAAUAGAGAAAACAUUAUAUCCCUAGUUGGGCUCCUUGACACUUUUGAUUCUUUGUUGUCUCGGGAUGAUUUGAUCUCUGAUGAAGUAGAGGAGGUUUUCUCAUGUUCAGAGUUUUCUUCUCAAGGUUUUGCAGAUAUAUUACUGCUGUUGUGCUUGAGGAGAAGGGACUGCCUUUCUCUAUUGAAAUCUCUGCGUAAUUCUCUGAGAGAACUUGAUCUACCAAAUGCAAUGAACGAGAGUUCAAUAGUCAAAUUCUGUUUCGGGACAGCCUCUUUAAUUUUCUGCACAGCAUCAAGUUCAUAUAAGCUGCAUUCAAUGGCAAUAGAACCAAUGAAAUUAUUGGUAAUUGAUGAAGCUGCCCAGUUAAAAGAAUGUGAAUCAACAAUACCCCUACAAAUUCAGGGUAUCAGGCAUGCCAUUCUUAUUGGUGAUGAGUGCCAAUUACCAGCUAUGGUGGAAAGCAAAGCUUCUGACAGAGGUGGCUUUGGAAGAAGUUUAUUUGAAAGGUUGAGCUCCUUGGGUCAUCCAAAACACCUUUUGAAUGUGCAGUACAGGAUGCAUCCAUUUAUAAGCUGCUUUCCAAACUCAAAAUUUUACUUUAACGACAUCUUAGAUGCACCAAAUGUUAGGGAAAAAUGCUAUGAAAAGCAAUAUCUUCCAGGGCCAAUGUUUGGUCCUUAUUCAUUCAUAAAUGUGCUUGAUGGAAGAGAAGAGCUGGAUGAUGUUGGACAUAGCAGAAGAAAUAUGGUUGAGGUAGCUAUUGUGUUGAAACUAGUGAUGAGUCUGCACAAAGCAUGGAAUGGCUCAAACCAGAAGCUUAGAAUUGGUAUAAUAUCUCCAUAUGCUGCUCAAGUGACUGCAAUUCAAGAUAAACUUGGUCACAAGUAUGGAAAUAUUAAUGGGUUUUCAGUGAAGGUGAAGACAGUAGAUGGGUUUCAGGGUGGGGAGGAAGAUGUCAUAAUCAUAUCCACUGUGAGAUCAAAUAGAGCUGGGGCAAUUGGGUUCAUGUCCAAUCCUCGGAGAGUCAAUGUUGCUAUUACAAGAGCAAGGCACUGUCUUUGGAUUUUAGGGAAUGAAAGAACUCUAAUCAAUAGUGAAUCAAUUUGGAAGGAAUUAGUUUGUGAUGCUAAGAGGCGUCAGUGCUUCUUUAAUGUUGAUGAAGAUGAGCAAUUGGCAAAAACCAUAUUAGAAGUGAAGAAAGAGUUUGAUCAACUUGAUGAUUUGCUCAAUGGAAACAGUGUUUUCUUCAGAAGUGCUAGGUGGAAGGUUAUUUUCAGUGAGAAUUUCAUUAGAUCAUUUGGAAAGCUGACAUCAGUUCGGACAAAAACAUCUGCUUUAAACCUUCUUCUUAGACUUUCCAGUGGCUGGCGCCCCAGGAAGAGGAAUGUGAAUUUGAUUCAUGACUCUUCUAAUAUCUUGAAACAAUUCAGGGUUGAAGGGUUAUAUGUAAUAUGUUCAAUUGACAUAGAGAAAGAAAAAAGGUACUCUCAAGUUUUGAAGGUUUGGGACAUAUUGCCAUUAGAAGAGAUUCCAGGAUUGGUCAAACGUCUCAAUGGCAUCUUUCAAGGAUAUACAGAUGAUUUUAUUAGUCAUUGCAAUGAGAAAUUUCUUGAAGGAGAUUUGGAAGUUCCCAAAACUUGGUCAACCUCUCAUGACAUUGUCCGGUUUAAGAGUCUUGUAAAAAAUGAAGGGGAAAGCAAUUUGAUUUCUGAUGAGAGAUGUUAUGUGGAGAACUCAAAAGUGAGUGACAGCUUGUUGCUAAUGAAAUUCUACUCCUUAUCCCCUGUAGCUGUAAGCCACUUGCUUUCUGGUCGUGAUGGUCUAGAACUAGAGCUCCCUUUUGAAGUGACGGAUGAAGAACUGGAAAUAAUUCUAUUCUCACAAAGUACAUUUAUAUUGGGACGAUCUGGCACUGGAAAAACAACUGUUGUAACCAUGAAGUUAUUUAAGAAAGAGCAACUUUUCCACAUGGCCACUGAAGGUUACGGUGAAGAGAGUGGCAAUACCUCCAAGGAUGAAUUCCAGAAAAUCAAUGUUGAUUAUGAUAUAAAAAAUGUUGAAAACAGUCAUGGUGAGGCUAAGAGUGUUGUUUUGCACCAGCUUUUUGUUACUGUUAGUCCUAAACUGUGUUAUGCUGUCAAACACCAAGUUUCUCAACUGAAAAGAUUUGCCUCCGGUGGAAAAUAUUCUGCAACUUGUGUUUCAGCUGAUGGGGAGGAUAUUGAUGAUGCUGCACAAUUCAAAGAUAUUCCAGAUUCUUUAAUUGAUAUUCCUUCUGAUUUGUACCCUCUUGUUAUAACUUUCCAUAAAUUUCUGAUGAUGCUUGAUGGAACAAUUGGUAAUUCUUACUUUGAAAGAUUUCCUGAUCUGAGACAGCUUUUCGAUGGUAAAAUGCAAAUUUCAGGCUCCAUUGCAGUGCAGUCUUUUAUAAGGACGAGGGAGGUUAACUAUGAGAAGUUUUGUUCAAAUUAUUGGCCGCAUUUUAAUGUUGACUUCACUAAAAAGUUUGACUCGUCUAAAGUCUUUACAGAGAUAAUGUCUCAAAUAAAGGGUGGCUUGCAAGCAGGGCGAUCUUCAGAUGGUAGACUCAGCCGGGAGGAUUAUGUUAUGUUGUCUGAGGGUCGGAUAUCCACUUUAAGUAGGAAGCAGAGAGAAGCAAUAUAUGAUGCUUUUGAAGAUUAUGAAAAAAUGAAGAUAGCCAAUGGUGAUUUUGAUAUGGCUGAUCUUGUGAUUGAUCUUCAUCGUCGGCUUAAAACUGAAAAUUAUUUGGGAGAUAUGAUGGAUUUUGUUUAUAUUGAUGAAGUUCAAGAUCUUACAAUGCAGCAGGUUGCACUUUUCAAAUACAUCAGCAAAAAUGUGACUGAAGGCUUUGUAUUUUCUGGUGACACUGCACAAACUAUUGCCAGAGGGAUUGAUUUUAGGUUUGAAGAUGUCAGAUCUCUGUUUUAUAACGAGUUUGUUUUGGGAUCCAGAAGUGAAGGUACUGACAGAAUAAAGGAGAAAGGUCAGUUAUCUAAAAUUUUUCAUUUGAGCCAGAACUUUCGAACCCAUGCUGGUGUUCUCAAAUUAGCUCAGAGUGUUAUUGACCUCCUUUACUGGUUUUUCCGACCAUUUAUUGAUGUUUUAAAUCAUGAAACUAGUCAUAUAUUUGGGGAGUCGCCGAUUCUGAUUGAAUCUGGAAAUGAUGAAAAUGCAAUUGUUACUAUAUUUGGGAAAAAUGAGAACAUAGAAGGAAGUUUUGCCGGGUUUGGAGCUCAGCAAGUCAUAUUAGUAAGGGAUUAUUCAGCUAGGAAAGAAAUUUGCAAAUAUGUCAGGAAGCAAGCUCUUGUUUUGACCAUAGUGGAAUGCAAGGGCCUUGAGUUUCAGGAUGUACUGCUGUACAACUUCUUUGGCUCAUCACCAAUGAGAAAUAAGUGGAGAGUUAUUUAUGAAUAUAUGAAAGAACAGAAUUUGCUUGAUGCUAGUUCUCCACCAUCUUUUCCAAGUUUUAAUUCAGGAAAACACAAUAUCCUGUGCUCUGAAUUGAAGCAAUUAUAUGUUGCUAUAACUCGUACAAGGCAGAGAUUGUGGAUUUGUGAGAAUAUAGAGGAAUUCUCCAAACCAAUGUUUGAUUAUUGGAGGAAGAAGGCCCUUGUCCAAGUCAGAAAGCUGGAUGAUUCUCUUGCAUCAGCAAUGCAAGUUGCCAGCAGCCAAGAAGAGUGGAAGUCACAGGGUUACAAGCUUUUGCAUUCGGGUAACUACGAGAUGGCAACAAUGUGCUUUGAAAGAGCAGGAGAUGAAUAUGGAGAAAAGUUGGCUAAGGCUUCUGGGCUUAGAGCAUCUGCUGAAAAAAUGCAAGCUUCAAAUCAUGAAGAGGCUUCUGCUGCCCGUAGGCAGGCUGCUGAAAUUUUUGAGGCCAUUGGAAAAGCUGAGUAUGCUGCAGAAUGUUUUUUCAUGCUAAAGGAGUAUGAAAGAGCAGGAAAAAUCUAUUUGCAAUGUGGGGAUUUUGCUUUGGAAAGAGCUGGGCAAUGUUUCUAUCUUGCUGGAAGUUAUAGAUUUGCAGCAGAAGUGUAUGCCAAAGGCAACCAAUUUAUGAAGUGUUUGUCUGCCUGUACUGAAGGAAAACUCUUUGACAUGGGCUUCCAAUAUAUUCAGUACUGGAAACAGCAUAUGACAGAGGAUAGUUACAUUGUUAAAAGGAGCAAGGAAAUGGAUAAAAUAGAACAAGAGUUUCUGGAGAGCUGUGCUCUUCACUAUCACGAGUUGAAUGAUAACAGAGCCAUGAUGAAAUAUGUUAGAGCUUUUCACUCCAUUGCUUCUAUUCGCACUUUCUUGGAGAAUUUAGGGUGCCUUGAUGAGCUUCUGUUAUUUGAAGAAGAAUCAGGCAAUUUCCUGGAGGCUGCAAAAAUUGCAAAGCAGAAAGGUGAACUUCUACUUCAGGCCGAUCUGCUUGGAAAGGCUGGACAUUUUAGGGAUGCAUCGUUGCUAAUACUUUGGUAUGUGUUUGCAAACUCUCUGUGGUCAUCUGGGAGCAAAGGCUGGCCCUUGAAGCCGUUUACAGAUAAGUUGGAGCUUCUAACAAAGGCAAAGUCACUCGCAAAGAAUGAUUCAAGCCAAUAUUAUGAGUUUGUACAUAUGGAAGCUGAAAUCUUAUUGAAUGACCAGAGCAGCCUGUUCAUGAUGAAACAGCAUCUGAAUGCUUCUCAGGGACAGAAGAGUAUAAGAGGUGAAAUAUUAUCUUCUCGAAAAAUUCUGGAUGCACAUCUUAAUUUAAAUACCAGUAAGUAUGAUUGGGAAAAUGACAUGGUUCUUGAUCUAACAAGGUUUUCAGAAAGUAAAAUUACAAAAGGUCAGGUUUCUGUUGAGACACUAGUUUACUUCUGGAAUUUCUGGAAGGAUAAUAUUCAGAAAAUAUUUGAGUACCUGACAAGUCUCGAAGCACAAUAUGCUGGUGAAUGCACAAGUUAUGGAGAAUUCUGCUUGAACUACUUGGGCAUUCGCAGGCAGUUCAGUAAUCUCAAUACCAUCUAUCUUCUGAUGAUCCCUGAUGCAUAUUGGGCAAAAAAAAUGCACAGUCGAUUAAUCCAAAACAAUGGGAAGUUCAUUUCUCUGGGCGUUCAUCAGUUUGUGCCUGCUGCUCGGAGUUAUUGGAGUGAAGAAUUGCUUUCUGUUGGUCUGGAUGUAUUGAUCAAACUUGAAGCUCUUUAUAACCUCUCAGUUAAGAAUUGCUUCUCUUUCUUCUGCCAGAGCAGGGCUCUUAAUCAUAUCUAUGAAAUAGCGAAAUUUCUUUUCAAUUCCAAGUUCCUGGACUGCAGACAUUCUGACAAGAAGUUGCUUAAAUUCAUUGGAUUGACAACUGAACACUUGUUUGGCUGCAUUUAUCCGCUAGACUGGAAAGAAUCAUUGAAAAAGAAUAUGCUUUCUUUAAGGAGAACUGAAGGUUUUAGAAAUUUAAUCAAGGAUGUUGCUUUAGAGACUUUUAAUGUGAAUAAUCAGCUCUCAUAUGGGCAGCUUGGAAGGAUAACAUUGGCAAUUCUUGGUUCUGGUAAGAUAUGUAAGGAGUUAUAUAAGAAGAUUGUAGGUGGUUUAAGAUGGAAUACAUCAUGGAUGGCUUUGAUGGAGGAUCUCUGUUUAAACUCAGGGUCAGAAAUUUCACCAGACGGUAAAAUUGAAAUGCCAAGUGAUCAGCUUUCUCUGAUGUUGAAGUUACAUGGAGCUUUGGUAGAUACAUAUAAUGCCAACUGGAGGACACAGAAUGACUACAUCUCACCUGGAGGUUUCCUAUACCUUGUCGAGCGCCAGCUGAUUUUGUUAUCUUGCUCACGCGGGUUUGUUCUCACUACAAGGUCUUCUUUUACUGAAUGGCUCAUCUACCUGGAAUCUGAUGGAAGCCAAAUUUCCUCUUCAGCAGAACAGGCACUGCAGUCUGCCAAUGGCAUGCUCAGGUUUUUAGCUAAUGUUGUUCAGCAGCUUCUUUACAAUAAGAUGGAAAUGAUGAAGUGGAUUACAAAGUGUCACCCAAAUGCAAAGGAUUACUAUGCAGUUGUUGUUUUGAGACUAGUUGUUAUAGCAUGUUUGCUUGCUUUGAACUUUGGUUUGUGUAUGGACUUGCUUUUUGAGUUGCUGGGUAGGAAUUAUAUUGCUGAUCAGCUUCCAAGGGAAUUUUAUAAAGCCCUCCAGAAAAGGUGGAAGAACCGGAAUUUUCUGAAUGCAAAUGCAGAUGUGAAUGUGCUUGCUGAUGCAUUUCAGGAAAUCGGAAAUCCACUGGUAAUUGUGAGCUUGGAUAAAACUCGCCCUCAGUAUUCAUGUCAAAAAGCCAUAUUUUUUGAUAUGGUCAGCCAAAGCAAAGAAGCCAUGUUCACAAUCUUGUUUCCUGAUAUCAAUAAAGCUGAUGAAACUAACAAAGAAAGUGUUGAACCGGACACUACUACCUCUUGCAAGGGAGUAGUGUCUCCUGAUGGAUAUGAUGAUGGCAAACGAUCCAAUGUUGAUGAGAACAUUCCUUGCCCACCUGGCCAGAUUUGGGAACUACUAGGAGAUUUAAAUUCAAUGAAUCAAGGAGAAGACAAGAGGUCAAUGGUAAAUGAUCCCACAAUUAAGGCAAAUAUAGAGAAGAUAAUUCUCCUUUUAAGUACUGCACUUAAGGGUUCUCCUGAUAAUGAAAACGGUAGCUUGCAUGGGGAAGCUGCCAUUCUACUAGAGGAUUUGAAGCAACUGUUUGCUGCAUUAGAUGUGAGUAGUUCGGAGCCUAAGAAUGACAGAAUUGAAGAACUUGUUAGCAAGCUGCAGUCAAGAAAGCCAAGAUUAGAGAGUUUCAUCAAUCAGAAAAUCUUACAGGAAGCUGAAAAUCUUGGAAGGGAGGAAUCAGAUACCAGCAAAAUUGAUGAAGAUGUUAAUGAUGAGGUUAUGCAAAGUGAAAGUUCUGAUAAAGGCAAGAGCAAUGCUUCUCAGGCUACAGUUGCUUCUGGAAACCAAGGCAGCAGUUCUAAUGCAGAAAGCAAAGGCAGUAAGGGGAAAAAGUCAAAGAAAAAAGGGGGAAAGGGGAAAGGUGGCCGGAAAAAAUAGGUAGCUUUUGGGAACUUCUAAAGAUAUAUGCAUUAUGCAUUUGUAAAUGUCUCUUUUGUUUCCGUAUGAAGUCACCACUUAUGCCAUUGGCAUUUUGUGAUUUUCUUUGUACAUGGAAGCCUUCUGCAGAAAGUGACUUUAAGUUGUGGUCAUUGCAAAUAAAAUAUUAUUUGUUGGUGUUAA